AUGGUCGGCGGUGAGGGCGACGACUCGUCCGCGAAGCGCCGCAAGACCGAGGGCGCCGAGGACGAGCAGGCUACACACGAUGGCUCAGACCAGGUAGGACACAAACAGAGAGACAGACGCAAAGUCCACUGGUGCAUUCACUGCUUUUCGUGUGUCAGGUUGUGUCCAACUUGCGCGUGUGUGAGGAACGUUUGCGUGAGGACGCUGGUGGGUGUGAGUGAGGAAGCACACACGUCUCGCUGAUUGACUGUCUCCUUUGUGUGUCAGAGAGUCUGCUUCGCGAGUUCAACGAGUGGGUGUCGUCGAUGAUGGAGCACCUCUCGCAGAUCACACACGCAUCGUAAGGAGAGGAAGGACACACAGACAGAGAGACAUGGACAGACAUGCUCUUGUGUGCAGGUGUGAGGCAUUGCUGAGCGAGUUUUCACAAAAGGUCGACGAACUCGACACACUCACCAAGGAGGUAUAUUGCACGUCACAACCGAAUGCAUGGAUGCAUCCCUCAUAUAUUGUGUGUGGUGUCGCGUGGUCAGAACGACGAGGGCGACGGCCACAUCAUGCAGGCGAGCCAGAUCGCACAGUCCUACAUCCAGAACGACCUCAUGAACGACAGUCAGUCACUUACACCCACCAACAACACAAACAGAGACACGACAAGCUGUUCUUGCCUUCAUACAGGCGACGAGCAGGGAUGAAGGACG